AUGGGGUUCCCCUGGGGUAUCGUUGUGGUCCUGAAGCGCGACUGGACUCCCAUCAGUCGGAUUCGCAAAAGAUACGAAUUUGACGGCUCAGGUCGCCUUUUCUUUCCAGAACUCAUUGUUCUGCAGAAAGACACCAUUGCCUGGCUUCCAAGACAAGAGUCCUUCCGGAAAGCCGGUGACUAUCGCGAAUGGGUCUACAUCGCACUCUAUUACCCGUCUCUACCGGUUCUCUUGGAUGCAAAUGGAAGCGGGAGUAUUCAUUGGGAUUCCUUGGAGGACUACGAACACCCGUAUGAUGAGCGCCUGGUCGAGAUUCCUGUCUCCCAUCUCAGCGCUGAAGUCUUUAUUCUUCGAGAUUUCGUGCCUAGAGUGCCUGAAUACGAUGCUCUAGCUGCCCGAUAUCCUCCUGGAGAAGUAGGCAUCUUCUUAAAGGGCGAUAUAGCCACGCACGAGGACUUCUCCAUACACCCUCCCAUGAUUCUCAGGGUCCAUGGCGCAGGCUGGACUGUCAAUGGACAGAGAAGACACUGUCUUAUUCCUUAUAGCCUUCCCGAGACUGGCCUCGCCUACAUACUACCCAGGGUCGACGCGAGGAUCGACGUCACCACCUCAUUCCUCCGCAUCGGCAUUCGAAUUGUCAAGGAUUAUGGACCAGGUGUUCCGAAGUUUGACAGCAUGACGCCCAUCAUGUUUAAGACUAGCACAAAGACUAGCACCAAUACCACUCAGGCUGAGAAGGAGUCUUCCAAGGCCGGCGAUAUAGCUGUUUGCGACCACUUUGCCACCAUCGACGUGCCCGAUAUCAACGUGAUCAAGAAGCUUUACCCUAGCGCCGGUAAACAUUCGGGCUAUAGGGCUUUUGGUAUCGAGCAAGCUAUUCCUCGCGACUUUGUCGAGUAUGGCUUGCAGAUGACCGGUUCUGUUGCUGUCAAGAACUAG